UUACGCGGAAGUCAGCGGCGUCGCGGCCCAGCCUCUUCUGGGAGCUGCUAGUCUGCGACCUGCUGCCGACCUGCGCCCCUUGGUCCUGAACCUUCGCGCCCUCAGAGGGUGUCCGGACAGAUUGAAGCCAUGGCCAUUCUUUUUGCUGUUGUUGCCAGGGGAACCACUAUCCUUGCCAAACAUGCUUGGUGUGGAGGAAACUUCCUGGAGGUGACGGAGCAGAUUCUGGCUAAGAUACCUUCUGAAAAUAACAAACUAACGUACUCACACGGCAAUUAUUUGUUUCAUUACAUCUGCCAAGACAGGAUUGUAUAUCUUUGUAUCACUGAUGAUGAUUUUGAACGUUCCCGAGCCUUUAAUUUUCUGAAUGAGAUAAAGAAGAGGUUCCAGACUACUUAUGGUUCAAGAGCACAGACAGCACUUCCAUAUGCCAUGAAUAGUGAGUUCUCAAGUGUCUUGGCUGCGCAGCUGAAGCAUCACUCCGAGAAUAAGGGUAUAGACAAAGUGAUGGAGACUCAAGCCCAGGUGGAUGAACUAAAAGGAAUUAUGGUCAGAAACAUAGAUCUGGUAGCUCAGAGGGGAGAAAGAUUGGAAUUACUGAUAGACAAAACAGAAAAUCUCGUGGAUUCAUCCGUCACCUUCAAAACUACCAGCAGAAAUCUUGCCCGAGCCAUGUGUAUGAAGAAUCUCAAGCUCACUAUCAUCAUCAUCUUCAUAUCAAUUGUGUUCAUCUAUAUCAUUGUGUCACCUCUCUGUGGUGGAUUUACAUGGCCAAGCUGUGUGAAGAAAUAGGGAAAAAAAGUUAUAAUUAACCAGGGAUAUGAGAGAACAAGGAGUUAAAAGCAAUUCAUGUGACUCAAGCCUUUCACUACUGACAGGUGAUGUCUACCAGUCUCUUCAACCCUUUUCUCCCUUUUUCUUUUUUUUUAAAUCUUGUUCUAUGCCUCCAGAUUUAUCUGUCUUACCAGUAUUCCAGUGAACUUCAGAUUGAACUAUUCAUUGCAGCAGUAGUCUUAAAAAGGCUUUUGUUUGUUUCUUUGGUUUGUUAUCUACUUAGAGAAACAUUUUUGUUUUAAAUUGCACAAUGCUGUCACCAAGGUGGAAACCACCGGUCUUAUGAGCUGUCUACUAGGACUAUGGAGGAACUUUGUAUGUGCACACAGAAGUAUUUAAGGGACGGAUAGUAUUGCCGACAUCUCAUAUUAAUGUCUUAUUGAAGAGUGUUAGGUGCUUCAAAACUAUAAAUGGAGAAUAGUUAUUUAGGGAACUGUAAUUGUUGGUGCUGCUUGUUUCUAGGAGCCCAGACAGAUAAAGUAUUAAACAUUUAUUUUCCAAUCAGAUGGGGAACAUUUUGUUAGCCCAUUAGAAGCACACAGAAUUAUCCUUGUCCUCCUAGUGUUUACUAUCAGGAAUAAAGUUGAGUGUGCUGAUCAUUCUCAACAUGAUAGACAGCUUGGUAUUCUGUUUCCCCAUUGCAGUUGAUUUGAGAAGAUGAUGGUUUAAAUAUUGUUAAAAGUUGUGGGGUUUUUAUAUUUUUCUCUUUCUUCUGUGAAUGUUUAGGACAAUUGUUUGUUAAUAGAAUGGGUAGUGGAGAGGGUGGGGAGGCAAAUUCCUCUGACUCCCCAACGAAAAAGAAAGGAUCCACAGUGGAUGUGCUGGCAUUUUAGCUGUACAAAGGGAGGUAGUGUGGGAAAAUUUUUUCAAUCCAGGAAAAGCUUAAACCGAACACAGUUAGCAGUCAACUCCAGGGUUUAGGUUUCAUUCCUGUUGAAUAAUAAUUUGAGGAUCUUUUUAGUUUAAUAAAUUAUUUUGCCUAAUUUUGAAGAAUUCAUCUGUGCAACUUGAAAGAGAAUAGAUGCUAUGAUGUAUAGAAAUGAUACAAACCAGUUUAACAUCCGUUUAACUGUAGUGUAAGAAAAUUGGACUGUAAUCAUACUGCUUUGGCUACUCUGGCAUUUGUUAUCUAGUAUGUACUUUUGGUGUGUAUCUGAAAGGAAGACAUUUGCUGCCCUAAUUCUAAUUGCAUUUAUUUAUCAAUAAGUGCCAUUAAAUAGAAGUUAUAUUACAUUUUACUUUCUUCCCGAUGAAAGAACAAAUUAUUCUAUAGAACCUGGCCACCUGUUUAGCCUAGUCAUGUGCCUUGAAUAUAUAUAUGUGUCCUAUAAGCUGGCUCAUGGUGACUGUUCUUCCAUCUAAAACCUUUCAAUUCAUGCUACCUGAUUCAUUGAUUUGACAUGUUUCUUAAGCCCACUGCAACCCUUUUCUUGUGGAUCAUGCAUAGCACAAAUGUUUUUCCAGUCUUAAUCAACACUAAUGCCUUUUAAUUGCAUCAGGAUUUCCUGGUGGAAAAUACGUUUGUCCCAGAAAAAAACAUUUGGCAUUUCUGAAUAAUAAUUUCCAAAUGUUUUUAAUCCAGAGAAAAAGGCUUAAAUCUUAUUUCCCUUUCUUAUACACACCUGAAUCAAAUUGAUGUGCAUGUUUUAGGGAUCAAUUACUUAACUGUUCCUUGGUCUAUUUAUGUAUAAGAAUGCUUUUUAAAGCACAUGUCUUAUUUUAAAUAAUGCACAAACU